AUCAGUAUCAUAGUUGGGUGGGUUGCACGGGGAAGCUGGCCUAUAACUUAACAAGGGAAAACUCACUGGCCUGAGCAAAAAAUAGGGUUUUGUCAGGAAAUGGAAACAGUGAGGACUAGAGAAGGAGCAAUAGCCAAAGACACCACUGAAACUGAACUCACCAAAAUCCCUCUCCUCCGGGCAACUGUUGAAACACUUCAUCCCUCUUCCAAGGAAGAGGAUGAUUUUAUGAUUAGAAGAUUCCUGCGUGCUCGUGAUUUAGAUGUAGAGAAGGCUUCGGCAAUGUUCCUCAAGUACUUGAAAUGGAGACAUGAAUUUGUUCCAAAUGGUUCUGUAUCAGUGUCUGAUGUUCCUAUCGAACUUGCACAGGAUAAGGUGUUCAUGCAAGGACGCGACAAGAUAGGUCGACCUAUACUUAUUGUCUUUGGUAGAAGGCAUUUUCAGAACAAAGAUGGUCUAGAUGAAUUCAAACGGUUUGUUGUUUAUGUUCUUGAUAAAGUAUGUGCGAGUAUGCCACCUGGGCAAGAAAAGUUUGUUGGUAUAGCAGAACUGAAGGGAUGGGGAUACUCAAACAGUGACGUGCGUGGAUACCUUAGUGCUCUAUCCAUUUUGCAGGAUUACUACCCUGAGAGAUUGGGAAAGUUGUUUAUUGUGAAUGCACCAUACAUUUUUAUGAAAGUGUGGAAAAUUAUUUACCCAUUCAUUGACAACAAAACCAAGAAGAAGAUAGUAUUUGUGGAAAAAAAUAAGGUGAAAUCAACACUGCUAGAAGAGAUGGACGAAAGUCAGGUCCCAGAGAUAUUCGGUGGCUCACUGUCAUUGGUCCCAAUUCAGGAUGCUAAUUAAGUAACUGAGGCACUCAGCCAAAAAUAAAUAUUUCUUAUUUGUGUUUGUAUGCCGUAAACAAUUAAUUUACCCAAUUAAUUAAUUUACACUUUUGUAUCA